ACUGCCUUGUAACGUCAAGUGUGCUAACUGUCGUAAAAACACAUCGGCGGAGAAAGACGUGAGCAGGACGCUAAUAAGUCAGUCUUAUUAUUUGUUCUCCAGUUUGAAAUAUUUCCGGCGUAUAACAUACAUCCUUGAUUCUUUAUUUAAGGAUAAAGUUGUCUCGAUGCGUUAGAAGCACUGUACUGCUUCUUGUGCUAUCUUUGCUUGUUAAUGAGCUUAGCUCGCUAGUUAGCUUGGCUUGUUAGCUGCUAACAAAGAGACGCGGACGUCAUCAACACAUCGAUAAGUAGGGAACUAUUAUGAGUGUACAGUGUUGUGAUUGUGUGAAAAUGUGUGAAAGAACGAUAGCAAAGUAUGAGGGGGAACUUUGUCCAACAAAAGAGGAGAAGGAGCGACAACAUCAACUACUGGACGCUGUUUUCAAGGAGCCUCAAGUUGUGUUACACAGAACAGACCUCGAUGAAGAACGUCUUCAUCACGAGCAGGAGGAGGAACCACAGUCCCACCACACACAUGAGGAGGAAGAGGUACCACAUUCCCAACACAUUAAAGAGGGAGGAGAGGAGCCACAGCCCCCUGACAAAGAGGAAGACGAGACGCCACAGACCCAUCGUGUUAAACUGACCCUUCACAUUAAAGGGCAAGCGGAGGACUCACUGAUCUUACACAUCAAAAAGGAAGAGGAGGACCCACAGACCCCUCACUUUAAAAAGGAAGAGGUGGACCCACUAACCCCGUACUUUAAAGAGGAAGAGGAGGACCAAGAGCUGCCGCACAUUAAAGAGGAAGAGGAGGAACACCGCAUCAGUCAGCCUAAAUGGUUGGAGGAUUUCCCAGUGACUGGUGUCCCUGUGAAGAGUGAAGAUGAUGAGGUGAAAGGUGAAAGUGAGGAGAGGGGAGGGGGGGAGCCUCCAAGCAGCAGCUCAACACAACACAUGACAACAGAAGCUGAUGGAGACCACUGUGGAGGAUCACAAGCAGACAAGCUCUUAGCUCCACUAUCAGAUAGUGAGGACACAACGUCACACUCUCCUGACACUGAUGAUGAAGACUCUAAAGAUGAUAAAACAUGUCACACUGACAACACUCACUUCAAAUGUUCUCACUGUGACAAAACUUUUAAAUACCAUUGGUUUCUGAGAAGACACAUGAGAUCACACACUGGAGAAAAACCCUUUACCUGCUCAGUAUGUGGUAAAAGUUGUGGACUAAGUCAGAAUUUAAAAGUACACAUGAGAAUACACACUGGAGAAAAACCUUAUGUCUGUUUAAUCUGUAGUAAAAGUUUUGUACAAAGAAACCAUUUGGAAGUACACAUGAGAACACACACUGGUGAGAAACCUUUCACAUGUUCAAUCUGCAACAAAAGUUUUUGUCAUCGAUCAAACCUUGUAGCACACAUGAGAACACACACAAGAGAGAAGGUGUUGAGUUGCAGUGUGUGUGGUGAAAGAUUCUCUUAUAAGUACCAGUGUAAGAAACACAAGUGUGCUGGUGAGAACAGCAGCAGCAAAUGAAACUGCAGGAUUUGAAAUAAAUUGUCAAGACUUUCAUUUUGACUUUCUAACAACAUCAGCACAUAUAACAUGUGUGAUAUUGUUGUUUGUGUAACACACUUUUUCAUAUGCUCCUACAUUUAUAGAUUAGAUAGUUUGAAAUAUGAAAGUAUUACAUAUUUGUAUUUGUAAUUGUUAAUAAUCCCAUAGAUUAGCCCCUUUAUAUGAUAUACAUAUUUACUGGUUCACAUCUUCUGGGCCACUUCAGGAAGCAUAUUAUUAUUUGCUUUAUACAUCAUUUGAACAGUUCUUUUAUACAAUUUUAAAAUGUGUGACUUUAUGACUCAUUUGUUGGGUAUCUGUAAUCCAUGUUAUUAAUUAUCUUUAUUACUUUCUUUUGUAAUAUGAUGAUUGUGUUUCAAUUAUUUUUUAUGUAUGUCCCCAGACCUUUAUGCAAUAUAAAAGUGAGAGAAAACGGCCGAAUUGUUUGUAGAAGGAUGUUUUUUUAUUUUUUACAAACUUACAUUUGUAGAUAAAACAAAAAUCCCAAUUAUUGGGUUUUAAACGUUUUUAAUGUUUUUUUUUUAAACAUCCUCAAAGCAAUAUCAAUAUCCAUCAAAAUUCAAACUGUCAGGCAAAAGCCAAUAUUGUACAUCAUCCCACAGAGAUUUACUUUGCAUAUUGUCAUCGCCUCAUUGUUCUUCGUGCCUCGUUUUGUCUUGUUGACUUAAGUCCCUUGUCCUCCUUGCAAUGCCCGCCUUAUUCCGUGUGUUCGAGCGCUGUAUAUCGACCUCCACCCGUAAAUUGGACUGCCUCCCUCGAUCCUCGAUCUCUUGCUUGGACUCGGACUUUGCUGCUUGCCUUCUGCCCUCGACCUCCUGCCUGUCCCCGGACUUCCCUUGUGCCUACCCUUUUGGUCUGACGAAGAUUUCAUCCAUCACGCAUGUACAGCAUCCUCUUGUAUUAUUUACAUGGUUAACUUUACACUUAAUCCUUCAACCAACACAUAGAGUAGCAUACACAUCCCACACAAUUAUCAAAGGUUACAAUAAACCCGGUAACCUGAGUUAAAGAAUAGUGCUGACAUUGCACUUCAUAUUAGCACUAUUAACCAGUUAUUUCAAACAUGUAACUCAUUCCUUUACAGAAUAAACACAUUUGAAAAAACAAGUUCAACGGCACUUAUUUGCACAAAAGUGUUAACAUUGUAUUUCCAUUGUAUAUUGCAUUGGAACUAGUUCCACAGCAGUUUCUAUCCUGUUCUUACCUUAGCUCAUUGAUCUCAUCUCAUACUGUAUGUGUGUUGAUGUUUGCGUACACAUUAAAA